AUGCCCAAAAAGAAGACAGGUGCCCGCAAAAAGGCUGAAAAUCGAAAAGAACGAGAAAAACAGAGCCGAGCCAACCGGGACCAGGUAGACUUGGCCAAACACCCUUGCAAUGCCAACAUGGACUGUGAUAAAUGUCAGAGAAAACAGAAGAACAGAGCCUUCUGCUACUUUUGCAACGCUCUGCAGAAACUCCCUGUUUGUGCACAAUGCGGCAAAACUAAGUGUAUGAAAACUUCAGACUGCGUCAUUAAACACCCUGGGAUCUACAGCACUGGGAUGGGCAUGGUGGGUGCAGUGUGCGACUUCUGUGAAGCGUGGGUGUGCCACAGCCGGAAAUGCUUGAGCACUCACGCCUGCGUGUGUCCUCUGACGGAAGCCGACUGCAUCGAGUGUGAACGCAGCGUGUGGGACCACGGCGGGCGUAUUUUCCGCUGCUCCUUCUGUCGCAACUUCUUGUGCGAGGACGAUCAAUUCGAGCACCAGGCCAGCUGCCAAGUCCUUCAAGCUGAGACAUACAAAUGCGUUUCCUGCAACAGACUGGGCCAACACUCGUGUCUACGCUGUAAGUCCUGCUAUUGCGACGACCACGCCAAGAGUAAAGUGUUCAAGCAGGAGAAGGGAAAAGCACCGCCGUGUCCAAAAUGUGGCCACGAAACCCAAGAGACCAAAGAUCUCAGCAUGUCCACUCGCACCUUGAAAUUCGGGCGCCAGGCAGGCGCUGACGAUGAUGACGACGACUACGGAGCGUCGGGAUACGACUCCUAUUGGAAGAACGUUGCGUCCGGCGGCGGAGGACGCAGCUACGACGAUGAGGACGAUGACGACGACUAUGAGGACGAUGAGGAUGACGAUGACGAGGAAGAAGAAGAAGAGGAUGAUGCUGAGGAAGAAAUGGCUGCUCUUAAGUUGGAUAAAGACUAA